AUGAAAACUUCGCGCAUACAACAUGUCUUUCUUACGCGUAUGUCUUGGGAUUGCACUUCUGGAUUACUAGGUGUGGCAUUGACUGCAAAGGCCGCAGGAGUUAAGAAGUUAACUAUACAUGGACCCACAGAACUAGAACAUCUGAUGCAAUUGACUCGUCCGUUUACUGAUUGUAAAACAACCGAUAUCGUCAUGAGUGAGAUUCAUGAGAAGUAUUACACUGAUGAUGCAUUUCGCGUACAAUCUUUCCAAAUAUUCAAGCCAACAAACGUAAAUGAAGAACCAGUCUACAAACGACGAAAAGAAAAUCUGGGUAAUGUAUCAGAAUCUAGUGUUUUUAUAUACUACUUCCAGCCAUUUCGUACACGUCGUAAGUUGAUCAUGUCAAAGUUCAAUGAAGCAUGUAUACCAGCAUCUGUUCUAAAAUCCGGGGAAAUACAAGCUGUUAUAAAUGGAGAAAAUUUAAUUUUAAGUGAUGGACGUAUAAUAUCUCCGGAUGAAGUAACUGUGCCAUCACCACCAUCAAAAAAUAUGCUUUUCGUCGACUGUCCGAAUUCUGAUUACAUUCCUGCAUUCAUAUCCAAUGAACACUUUUUCAAUUCUAUUCAAGCCGAGGAGCCUAGUGGAAAUCUAACCUCUGGUGUAUCCUUAGUUGUUCAUUUUACACCACCAGGCAUGUUCUAUUCAAACCAGUAUCAGAAAUUUGUACAGAAGUUGGAAGGGUGUGCAUUGCAAAAAUCUGAUAAAAAGGAUCCAACUACAACACUGAAACAUUUGGUUCUUGAUGGCACUGGUUUUGUAACUGAUCGUGUUGGUAUGUAUUCUCAAACAUUCAUCCUAAAUCGGUUUUUCGACUCAAAGGUCUACCCACUGCUUUUCGAUAUGGCAGAUUCUGAUACUGUUUCUAAACGGAACGAAACAAUAUCAAAGAAUAUUGAUCCUUUCUCUUCCGUUGUAACUGCUGAACCUUAUUUGCAGUUUUCCUUGAGACCAUGGACAGGGUUUAACAAACCUACUUAUCCACAUUUAAAUGGUGAUGAAUUUGUGUCACAAAUUUUUGAUCCGGUUUAUAUGAGUUUACAAGAAGCAGAAGAACAAUUUGUUAAAAUGAGAGAAUCCAUUGAAUCCAACAAACCACCAGCUCAUAGAUUAGCAUCAGAGGCGUAUCCUGAAAUCACAUUUCUUGGCACUGCAUCUUCCUCUCCUAACAAAUAUCGUAAUAUCAGUUGUAUUCUUAUGCAAUUAGAUCCAGAUAACUACAUAAUGUUGGAUUGUGGAGAAGGUUCUUUAAGUCAGCUAUACGCACUACAUGGUGUCGAAAAAGGAAAUAAUAUUUUGCGCAAACUUCGAUUAAUUCUUGUUACUCAUAUGCACGCUGAUCAUCAUGGUGGUGUCUUCACAGUAGCUCUAGUUCGUUCCAGUCUACUUAAAUCAGAUGGUAUUGACCAAUCCAAUUGUUUAUUACCUGUCCUUGCUCCAUCAGGAUUCUAUCAUUGGUUAGUUAAUUUCAAUGAACUUUUCCAUAAUGACCAAAUUGUUGACCCAUUCAUCAUACAAAUUCUUUACGAUGAACAUGAUAAGAAUUCAAAUCCUUCAUGCGCAUUAAACAUGAAACGAAACGAGACGGAAAAUUGGUUAAAAUUAUUAGAGCAGCUUGACAUUAAUAUCCGACCGGUCAAGGUUCCACACACACGUUCAUCAUGGGCGUUUAUUAUUGAUAAACCUUAUCCAUUCAAAAAUUUAAUAAACGGUAAAAAUAUUGCCGGAAAUUGUUCUGAAACACAGCGAAAAUGGUCUAUUGUGUAUUCUGGUGAUACUCCUCCAUGUCCUGAACUUGUGAAAGCUGGAAAAAAUUGUGAUUUACUCAUACACGAAGCUACUGUAAAUGAUGAAUAUGUAGAUUUAGCACUCAAAGCAAAGCACAGCACAACGGGUCAAGCUAUUCAAGCUGGACGUGAUAUGAAUGCUUCAUUCAUUCUAUUGAAUCAUUUUAGUCAACGAUAUGGACGUGUACCACCAAUAGAUGAAUUUAAGCCAAAUGUGGCCGCAUCUUUUGAUUUUAUGACGGUGAAAUUUUGUGAUUUACCACGAUUACCCUACUAUAUUCCAUAUUAUCAGUAUGCAUUCGCUAAACAUUGGACCAUGGCUCGAACUAGAGCAGAUUCCUAUACAUAUCGUAAACUUCGUGAAGCUGAUGAAUUGUCUGAAAGUGGAGAUGUUUAUUGUGCAAAAACUGAUGAUGAUAUUGACGAUGAUAAUCGUUUAUUGAAUGAACAAAAUGUGAAAGGACAAAUUGGAGAAAAACGAACAUAA